UGACUUCCAUUUCCUGGUACAGUCGGCGGCUCAGAUACAUCCCAAACACCGCUGACUGAGCGACCCUGUUGGAUAUUCUCUUCUUCUCUCCCGUGGCUGACACUCCAAACUGCAAGGCGACCAUGUACCGAUAUGCUGCAGUUGUUUUAUCCCUCGCCCUGGGAAUCGCGUUCCAGCUUUCACACGGCACUGAGGUGAACGUCACUGACAAAGACAACAACUUAUGCCUCUAUGCCAAUCUAAUGGUCAACUUCUCAGUCUCCUAUGACACAACUGACAAUAAGAGUGCAACAACCGAGUUUGAACUUCCUGAAACAGUCACAUCAGAUGGAAGUAAGUGUGAUACCACAAGCUCAUUGUUGAAGAUUAAUUUUGGAGAAGGACACUCCUGGAGCAUGAACUUCACCGUGAAUGGAAAAAUGUACCAAAUAGACACCAUUACGUUUUCCUACAACCUUGGUGACACAAAAUUCUUCCCUAAAGCAUCGACAAAUGAAACCGCAAAUGUCUACGUGAAGCCUCACAUUACAGACGUAGGCAUGGACACCUGCUACUCCUGCAAGAGUAAAGAGGUGCUCGAAGCUGAUUUGGUCAAUCAGACGCUGUGGAACGUGCUCAUACAGGCUUUUGUCAGUAACAACAUCACGAGUGAAAACAUCACUUCUUGUGCUGCUGAUGUACCCACAACCCCGGUUGCCCCCACCACUCAUGCCACCAGCACUGCGGCUCCCAUCACAAAUGCUACGUCCACUGUCCCUACUACCACCACCCCGACCCCACCCCUCCCCACACCCACCACUGGGAAGUACCACUUCAAGCCCAAUGAAAACAGCACAGUUUGUCUGAUGGCUUACUUUGGCCUGCGGGUUGCUUACAAGCAAGCUGAGAUGAACUUUGACCCCAAUGGGACCACCAUCUCUGGAUCAUGUGGAGAUAACACCAGUGAGCUGGUGGUGGUGUCCAACACAAUGACUAUCAUGCUCACUUUUGUCCAUGACACAAAGAAAUUCCGCCUACACGCUCUGAACAUCACUGGAAAGACGAGCGCUGGUGUGACGUUCUCUGAGGCAAACACCAACCUGAGUCUGUGGGAGGCGGCUGUCGGCAGCUCCUACAUGUGUAACAAGGAACAGAGCUACAACAUCACGAGCCAGCUCACCAUUGACACCUUCGACCUUCAAGUUCAGCCGUUCGGAGUCAAGAACGAUGUUUUCAGUACAGCCCAUGAAUGUUCAUUGGAUGACACCAGCAUCUUAAUCCCAAUCAUUGUUGGCGCUGCGCUGGCUGGCUUGAUUCUCAUUGUAGUGAUCGCUUACGUGAUUGGUCGAAGAAAGACUUAUGUUGGAUAUCAGACCCUUUAAAUCCAGUGUGCAAUCAAUAUCACGGGGUUCCCAAGCCUGGUCCUUGGGUUUCAUGUGCAAUUGUUUUUUAAAUUGGCAAAUAACAUAAAGAUUCAAGAGUCAAAAUCUAAACUGAAGUCUCUGCUGGGAAAAAAUCUGCAGUGCUGGAUUUUAUUGGUCAUUACGAGACAUGAAAAGCACAUGGAGUAUUUUUGAAUUGCAGUAGAGGGUCUUUAAUGAUGAUAUAAUACGGAGUAAAUCCAUGUAACAACAGAGGGUUUGGUGUUUUUCUCAAGGACCAAACUUGUCUUCCCCCGAUGUUUGUUUCUUUUUUGUUGUUUUCUGGAUGUCUUGUCUUUCCCUUAUUUGUUGUGUUUUUUGUUAAUGAGCAAGUGCAGCAUCCACACAACCCUUUUUAUUUUUAUUUAAAGGUAUAAUAUGCAGAAAUUGACAGCUACUGCUUGUAAACAGUGUCCCCAGCACAAGUGGAAGCCAACCCCAAAUGCACUAUAUUUGUGAUUUUGGCACCGUGUCCACGAUUCUCAGCUUCCUUUUGGAUGCGUGCUGCGUACAGUCUGGCACCUGGUCGCUACCUUUUUAUUAAGUCCCGACUUCACCUGUGCUGUCGCCAACAUAGUGGGUCAUAAGUGAUGACUGAGGGAUUCCUUUUGUAUGAGUCUAUAUAUUGUUUUUUUAAGGAAAAUCCUGCACCUUCAAGUUAUUCUAAUCACAUGAAAAGUGACUUUCAGUAUGCAAUAUUUAGAGUUCCUAUGCAGGUACAUCACACUUCUACACUAACAAAAGCCUCUGGACUCUAAUUUUUCAAGUGUUUUUCGAUGACUGACAGUCUAAAUUCCUUGGAUCCUGCACUUGCUCUACAGACAUUCCCUUGUUGUUUUCUUUUAUCAUUAUUUAAUCUUUGUGCACAUUUUAGUUCCUUUUAUGGUCUGGCUUUUCAUCCCCACAGUUUUCCAAAUUAAGACAUAAAAGAGUUUUCAGCAGCAUUUACUUCACAAAUCAAAGGUAGAUUGUCGGUCAGAUUUCUUUCUUUGUUCCCAGAAAUUCAUUAACAAGGAUGAAGGUCUACUCCAUUUGGAAAGUAGUCAAGGGAAAUAUGCUUUAGCCCGUGUUUGUCCCCUGUAGAGCAGGAGAAACAUUGGAAUUAUUGUCCUGAUUAUGGGGCUCCAAUCAUCAUAUUAAGAAUGUGAAAGUGUUUGUUGUUGAGCAUUAAUGGACCUUUUUCAUGGUGGACAUUUGGGCAUCAGGCAGCAAAAGUCCAGGUGUAACUAAUGACAUUAGUGAGUGGCCCUGGAACUGGCAAAUCAUUAAAUCAUUGUUAGUGUUAUUAACUACACCUGUGCUCUUCCUGCUGCACCACGUCCGCCAUUUUAAAAGGUCUCUUACAUUUGCACACACUGCACUCAGAGAAUAAUAUUAAAAGAAAGGCCAACUGUUAUUUUCUCACUCAACACAUUUUGGCAUUAGGUUUAGAAAAGGGAGAGUUUUGAUAUGUAGAUAGUCACUUUCAGCGCAGAGAAUUCUGAAACAAGGAUAUAUACAUCUAAAUGCACUAAGGCGCUCUUUACAUUAUUGCAUUAUGUUGAGUCUGUUGUCACAUUAUCUCACCUGUGUAUAGGCGUGGGCUUGGCCUGAGCUCUGAGGGCUGCAGCUGGAUCAGGGGACGUUAAAGCCCCUGAGAGCUUUGUUUCGAAUCUAAAGUACUUCUGUGUAACAUUUAGCAUUCACAAAUACACAAGCAGCAAUCCAAAAAAAGGUCCUGAGGUAUUUCUGCACGAAGAGUUUAAUCCAGUUAGACAUUUUAUUAAAUACGCUUAUUUGCUUUCUUGCCAAGAGCUAAAUCAGACAAUUGAUAGCACUCUCAUGUCUGUCAAGCUACAUCAGCACAUGCAGCUCAUGCAGCACAAAGACUGGAAACAGAGGGAAAAACUAGUCUGGCUGUAUCCAAAGGAAACAAAACCGCCCACCAGUCCCUCUGAUGCUCACUUAGCAUGUUGCAUCAUGUUUGUUUGGAGUGGUAUCAGUCUUUUCAUCUGACAUCUGACUCAGCAAGAAAGCAAGAAGGGUAUUUCCCAAAAUGUCAGACUAUUCCUUUAAAAGCUUUUUCACUCCAUCAGGACCUUGUAGGUGAGGUUUGAUCCAGAAUUGGCAAAGAACAAACAUGCCUACACCUGACUUAGGAUUCUGAUUAAAAAAUAAAAAACAAACAACACGAAGGUGUGUGAUAUAAUCUUGUGAUACACAAAAUUGUUGGCAGAAAGUUGUGUUUUCAUGUAGUCACUCAUAGUAAGAAACUUAAAUUAAGCUUUCGGGAGCUUUUAAGUCAGGGAAUUAGUGCAGGUUUGCUUUAAUGCGACCCAUUCGCCAGAAUAAAUGUUGGCAUUGUACGUUUCUGCAAAGUGACAAUGCUGUGGUAACUGUGUGGUUAGGUUUAGGCAUAAAAAAAACCUCUUGGGUAGUGUUAGAGAGGGUUAUGUUUUGACUUAAAAAUACCCAGUUUGGUCGCAACAAUCGGCAUCUUCUUAAAAAAUACCUAGUUUUGUCACCAUAACCACAGCUAAAAAUGUCCCAACAUCUCAUUUAAAAAUACCCGGUUUUGUCGCCACUAACAUGGCUGGAAAUGUGCCGACAUCAUGUUAAAAAAAUAAUCAGUUUUAUCACCAUUAACGAAGCUGGAAAUGUCCUGAUGUCUUGUUUCGAAUGACACGGUUUUGUCACCACAAACACGGUAGGAGAUGUCCUGAUGUCCCUUUAAAAAAAACUCGGUUUUGGUGCCAUAAACACGGCUGGAAAUGUACCAACGUCUUGUUUAAAAAAAAACAAAACAGUUUUGUAGGCAUUGUUGCAGCUGGAAAUGUCCUGACGUCUUGUUUCAAAUGACAUGGUUUUGUCACCACACACAUGGCUGGAAGUGUGCUGACAUCACCUUAAAUAUAUUCAGUUUCAUCACCAUUAAUGCAGCUGGAAAAACCCUGGUGUCUUGCUAAAAAAUACCUGGUUUUGGUGCCACAAACACAGCUGGAAAUGUCACUAGUCUCCAACAGUGGUCCUCUGCUCAGAAGCCAUCACGCCAUCCACCAUCCUCUCCUCCUUCUGAUGAGAAACUCCUCUCAUAUACAUGUAAUCUGAACUAAGUCACUUUAGAAAUGUUGAUAAAACGUAUGAAAUGCACAAAUCUGCCAUUUACGGUUUGCAUAAAUACACAAUGCCAACAUUUGAUUCUGUCGACUGGGCUGAGUGAUGCAGUAUCAGGGACAGAGGCAGGCCCCAGAAUGUGUACUUCUUUAAUAAUAGAAAGCCAAUGUGACACGUGGUAGUAGCUGUGUAUUUUUGCUUAAAUCUAGCUCAGUGUCGUGUACUGUCAGCCUCGUUCCAGCUCUCCAGGACUGGAGCGUCGCUGGCAGUACGCCACACUGAAUAUGAGUAGAAAUAGUUUUUAAGUUGCUUAUAAAGGUUGCUUUCCCAGGACAUUGUACAUGUGUAUGAGUAAUAGCUAUGAAUCAAAUAAGAGCUUUGAUUGUUGCCUGUGAUUGUUGCUGUCUUGUGUAUUUCAGCUUUGUACAAACUCAGUUGCCUUAAUUACAAAGAUGGUUUUGCAGCACUGCUGUAAAUGUUUAUGUUUAUGACAUUUUCUUAUCGUCAGUCUCCCUUGUUCUCAUCUAACAGGUUUAUCAUCAUGACAACUGUGCCUUGCUUUGUCUUGUUCAUUCAGUAACUACCUAAUAAUGUUAAGAAACCUUUUUGGUAACAUUGCACACACAUGUUCAGCAAAGGGAAUUCGUGCUGCAAAACCAUCUCGUUAAAGAUCAUUUAAUGUGUGUUAUGUGGACAGAAAUGAUUUCAUCUCCAUUCACUCACGCUGUGAGCUAUACUGAAUUGGAUUUCAAAUUGUGUGUCAGACUGAAGUGGAGCUUUUUAGUCUUUUAAGAUUCAUGGAAAUAAAAAUGCGUUGCUGCCCUGGA